CCCUCGGAUCCCCCCCCUCCUCUUACAACUAGUCACUACUACUACGAUUCUCCUCCCUCGUCUCCUUCUCCCAUUCUACAUCUUCCCCUCCUUUGGACCUUACCUUUGUUCCCCUACUUUUCAAACCAAGUUGGGCAUCCUUAUCUUCGCCUAAUUCUGCCCUCGUAUCGGCCCGCGCCAAUUGAGUUGUCAUUUCGCGUCCGCCCGAUUUUCCCGCUCCCUUUUCCGUGGUCGUGUCGAAAACCCUCUUUACUCUACCAACCUCUUCACUUUCUCCCUGCUUGGUGCUGGGCGUGCGCCUUACUGUCUCUACGCUGGGGAUAGAUUUAAGACUGCCGCGCGAACGACAUUUCCAACCAUCGCAGUCCCCUGCGGUGCAGUCGAAUUCGCGUCUUCAAUACCCACCGGCACGUCGCCUGAUCCCACAAUGUCCGUAGCGACCAUGCUUCAACCCGCAUCGAGAAUCUCCCGAGCCUCCUCCUCCUCGUCCUCUUCGUUUCAGCCCGUCGCACGACAGAACACCAUGUCUUCGCACGAUACUAGGUCGAUCCGCCAAUCCAAGCGGAUGUCGGUCACCGCUCUCUACCUGUCCAUGUCCGCAAAGGAUCGGGAUUUGGAAAUUUCCGAUGACCUGGCACGAGCCCAGAAAUAUCUUCGCGAACUCAAGUCAAAGAUAUCGUCGCAGUCGAAGAAGAACUUCGUCUUGGAGAAGGAUGUACGAUACCUAGAUUCGCGAAUUGCGCUGUUGAUUCAGAACCGAAUGGCGCUGGAAGAGCAAAACGAAGUUGCGAGCCACCUUGAUGAUACCGCCGAUCCACAAGAGGGAUUCUUCCCCAACGACGAACGAACCCAGAAAUAUGGCAAUCUUCUGUUCCUCCUGCAGUCCGAACCUCGUCACAUCGCCCACUUGUGCCGUCUGGUCUCCAUGGCCGAGAUCGACUCCCUGCUCCAGACAGUCAUGUUCACCAUUUACGGAAACCAGUACGAGAGUCGUGAAGAGCAUCUUCUACUCACCAUGUUCCAGUCCGUCCUCACCUACCAGUUCGACAACACCCCUGAAUAUUCCUCCCUCCUGCGCCAGAACACUCCCGUCUCCCGUAUGAUGACGACCUACACCCGCCGUGGCCCCGGUCAGAGCUACCUCAAGCAAGUCCUCGCCGAUCGUAUCAACUCCUUGAUUGAGUUGUGCGACGUCGACCUGGAAAUCAACCCGUUGAAGGUGUACGAGAGCAUGGUGAAGCAGAUCGAGGAGGAGACUGGCUCGCUUCCUGAUUAUCUGGCUCGGUCCGUGACUGCCGAGGAUGCUGCCGAAAACAAGCAGGUUCAGGCUAUUAUUGCCCCUCGCUUGAAGAUGUUGACCGAUAUCGCGAACGGCUUCCUGGCAACCAUUAUCGAAUCGGUGGACGAGGCGCCUUAUGGUAUUCGUUGGAUUUGCAAGCAGAUUCGCAGUCUGUCUCGUCGCAAGUAUCCCGAUGCUCAGGAUCAGACCAUCUGCACUCUGAUCGGUGGUUUCUUCUUCCUCCGCUUUAUCAACCCUGCCAUUGUCACCCCUCGUUCGUACAUGCUGAUCGACGCUACCCCAACCGACAAGCCCCGUCGUACUUUGACUCUGAUCGCCAAGAUGCUUCAAAACCUGGCCAACAAGCCCUCCUACGCCAAGGAGCCUUAUAUGGCCAGUCUGCAGCCUUUCAUUGAGGAGAACAAGGAGCGAGUGAACAAGUUCCUUCUCGAUCUUUGCGAAGUCCAAGAUUUUUACGAGAGUUUGGAGAUGGACAACUACGUGGCUCUGUCGAAGCGUGAUUUGGAGCUCCAGAUCACUCUCAACGAAAUGUACGCUACACACGCUCUUCUAGAGAAGCACAGCCUCGCCCUCACCCAGGACCACAACUCGCAUCUCUCCCUGCUACUGAACGAGCUGGGUGCCGCACCACCUCAGGUCCCCCGCAAGGAGAACCGUACCAUCACAGUUCCCCUGUUCAGCCGAUGGGAGACUGCUCUGGACGAUUUGACCGCUGCCCUGGAUAUCACUCAGGAAGAGGUGUUCUUCAUGGAGGCCAAGUCGACUUUUGUCCAGAUUCUCCGUUCCCUGCCCCAAAACUCCUCGGUCGCUCGUCGCCCAUUGCGCCUGGACCGUAUCGCUGAGGCGGCUGCUACCCUCAAGAAUGACGCCGUGAUGGUGCGAAAGGGUAUUCGCACUAUGGAGCUGCUAAGCCAAUUGCAGGAUAUGGGUGUUAUUGACCGCUCGGAUGAGUUCAGUCUUCUCCGGGACGAGGUCGAACAGGAACUUGUCCAUCUCGGCUCCCUCAAGCACCACGUGCUGGAGGAGACUCGGAAGCUCGAGGAGGUGUUUGCAACCAUCCGCGACCAUAAUGCUUACCUGGUCGGCCAACUGGAAACCUACAAGUCUUAUCUCCACAAUGUGCGCAGCCAGUCCGAGGGCAAAUCGCGGAAACAGCAGAAGCAUCAGGAACUGGGACCGUACAAGUUUACGCAUCAGCAGUUGGAGAAGGAAGGUGUCAUUCGGCGGAGUAAUGUGCCGGAAAACCGUCGGGCCAACAUCUACUUUAUGUUUAAGAGUCCGCUGCCCGGCACCUUUGUCAUCAGUCUUCAUUACAAGGGCCGCGCCCGUGGAUUGUUGGAGCUUGAUCUCAAGCUUGACGACCUUCUCGAGAUGCAAAAGGACAACCUGGAGGAUCUUGACCUGGAAUACGUCCAGUUCAAUGUCACCAAGGUGCUCACCCUUUUGAACAAACGAUUUGCACGCAAGAAGGGGUGGUAAAGGUCCCCAGGUUCCAGCAAACCUCGCCUUACUGACCACGGAACUCCCCCUUAUGAUUGAUGAGACCGAGCACGAAGGAGCAGCGUUACACAAUUGUCUCUCCAACCUCCUCCGUGACUCGAAUAAAGUGGGCCUCACUCUGCGCCGCUACUACUCUUUUGAUGAUCUUGAAUGGACACGGAUUUGUCCGUAAUAUACAUAUACCCGUCCGUCCUCGGCCUACAGAACGAUGGACUGGACUGAUGCACUUGGCAUGACUUGACCGCGCCCGCGUCUGCUCGCCCAGAGCUAUUACCCCUCGAUGAGUUGGGCAUGAGCGGCAAGCAUGUCUCGUGUGAAAUGUGAAUGUGAUUGUGAAUGUUGUCGAUACGCGAACAUAGUUGAUGGAGGAUGAUCACAGUGGGAACCCGCUGGCUCGGGGACCCGUGGGUGAUUGUUGGAAUGAUCGAAUGAUCGAGUUAUAUCGGAUCGGUUUUAUUUUCUUCUGUAUUUCUCCCUUGUGGUGGAUGAUCUUUUUCUUGGUGGCAAGUUAUACCCAGCGCAUAGUUACUGUUGUUUUUUUUUCCCAUUGGCUCUGGUUCUGUUAUGUUGAUUCGGCGAGUGGUUUCUCCUGUCUUUUAAUCUUGUCUCGAAGUUGUUUUUGAAUGCUUCUAUCACCGCUCGUGCCCACCAUUGUUUCCUGGGUCUCCUUGCGCUGUGUAUAAUAAUCCUGCUUAUUGCUGUCCGGUUGUCUGUUGAUUUGAAUACCCGUUUCUGCCUGUUCUUAUCUCUUGCCUGUACAGAGCCAAGCCAGAUGCCGUUAAUAAUCAUUG